AUGCUCCUUCAUGCUCUUGGGACGGAAGGACAAAGAAUUUUCUACACGUUGUCAGUUCCUGCCGUACCGUCGGAACAAAGCAGCGGAGACUCCACCACAGCCACAGUAAAUGUGUAUAAAGAAGCUUUGGCAACACUUGAAAAGCGGUAUGCCGAGAAUUAUAACGUUAUGGUGGAGCGCAGGAAAUUCCGUCAGCGUUCUCAGCUGCCGGACGAAAGUAUCGCGGAAUACGUGACUGCUCUUCGAGGUCUCGCCAUUACCUGCAAUUACGGGACCAUGCUUGACGAAACGCUACGGGACCAACUUGUGGACAAGGCCCUCCUGCCCCAAGUACGCGAGCGACUUCUACUGGAAGGAUCAACACUUACUUUGGAAAGGGCUACACAGAUCGCGAGUCAUGUUGAGCAGAGCCGCAAGGAAACCCAGCGGAUCUUGCAGGAGAACACAGCUGCGGUUGAAAAAGUGUUCAAGAAGCCGUUCAAGAGAUCGGCUGGCAAGCCCGCAACUCCCAAGCCCCAAGCUCAAGGGAAGAAUGCAACUACUUGCUUUCGUUGUGGUUCACCGUACCAUCUGGCCAACUCGCAGGAAUGCAAAGCCAGGUACAAAGAAUGUUUUAAGUGCAAGAAAAUUGGGCAUUUCGGAGCCGUAUGCCGAGGUGCAAAAAAGCAACAACGCGGUGCCACUCGCGAAGUCUUAACUGAAGGCGCACAUCACGAGGAUUACCCGUCCAGGACAGAACCUGCAAUACUAUUGGAAGUACAAUCAUCUGCGGCGAAGGCUAUCCACAUUACAGCAGAAGCCGAUGGAAAGGACGUCACGUUUUUAAUAGACACGGGCUCGUCAGUUUCCAUAAUUUCGUCGGUUGUCUAUCAGUCCACAUACGCCAAGAAGUUCACCCUGCAGCCUGCGUCACGAACUUCACGACUAUUCGAGGAAAGAGAUCCCAGUGCGAGGUGCCUGGAGACAGCAGAUACAACCAGUGCCAGCGAGCGAAUAGCAAAGUGCGAGUCUGCGAACCUGUUUUCACCGGAGCUGGGCCUAGCCAAAGGCUACGAGCACAAAGUCAAAGUACGGACAGACGUGCAGCCUACAACUACUAAGCUCCGAAGGCUACCCCUACAGAUACGUGACGAUGUGUCUAAAGAACUAAAGAAACUGCUGGAUAUGGACGUCAUUGAGGCUAUUGAUGCAUCGCCGUGGGUAUCGCCACUUGUCGUGGCCAAGAAAAAGGAUGGUCGGAUCAGGCUAUGCGUAGAUCUGCGGGCGCCAAACAAAGCUGUCGUGCCAGAUUGCUACCCAUUGCCGAAUAUGGAAGAGCUGCUGAACAAGUUAUCCGGUGCAAAGAUAUUUUCCAAGUUGGACUUAACAGCAGCAUACCACCAGCUCUUACUGGCCGAAGAGAGCAGAGAUCUCACUGCGUUUAUAACGCACGAAGGGCUAUUCCGGUACAAGAGAUUGUGCUUCGGGCUGGCCUCCGCGCCAUCUGCAUUUCAGAAGCUUUUGGCUAAUGUGCUGAAAGGAUGUACAGGGGCGUUACACUAUCUGGAGGAUAUCAUCAUAUUUGGGAAGAAUGAAGAAGAGCAUGAACAGGAUCUGCGUUCAAUUUUGCAACGGAUCUCUGAUGCAGGGUUACGGUUAAAUCACAAUAUAGGAAGGAAAAUGUUUCCACUCGAGACCAACGUCAAAGCUAUUUUAGAAGCCCCAGCACCAUCAGAUUUACGUACACUGAGGUCAUUUCUGGGAAUGAGUGGCCACUACGCCAAAUUCAUAAAGAAUUAUGCAGAUGUGGUGGAACCUCUGCGUGAACUGCUGCGAGGCGCAGACGCUUUCCACUGGAAUCCACAAGCUCAAGAAAGUUUUGAGAAGGAGCCCUUCGAAGACGACGUGGUGUGCAUCGUCACAGAAUGCAUCUCAAAGGAGCAGCUCCAGCGUGAGACAACUUCCGACUCAGUAAUGCAGGACGUUCUGCACUACAUACGAAGAGAAUGGCCUCCGAAAGCGGCUCUUCGAGACAACGCUGUGCCGUUCUUUAAGGUUCGCACGGAGCUGUCAGAAGUUGAUGGACUGCUGCUGCGCGGGGAUAGGAUUGUUGUGCCACCUGCGUUAGUGUCAAGGGUAAUUGGCCUGGCGCAUGAGGCACAUCCGGGCAUAGUGCGUACAAAGCAGCGCUUGCGUCAACUGUACUGGUGGCCUGCGAUGGACAGCAACGUUGAAACUGCUAUCCGGGGCUGCGACAUAUGCCAAACAGCGGACAAGUCCGCGAAGACGGCACCUGCUCCACUCACUCCUGUGAAACUUCCCCAGAGGGACCUUGGGAAAAAGUCAGCAUGGACGUUGUUGGUCCUUUUGAAAAGGCCCCACAGAACUGCCGGUACAUGA